CACACACACACACACAGCAGCGGAAGGCGAGCCGUUAGAAAAACUAAGAAACGAAACUCUGUUUGAUUGUUUCUGAAGAAAUCUGAAGAUCAAACAGCUGCCGACAGCUGCGAGCCGCGAACAUUUACUGCUCAGAAAGUUCUGCAGAAGCAAACCAACGUUCACUGGUUCCUCUCUGCCCCGAGGCUGCUCAUCACCAACCUGCUGAGGACGGACUGAUCGGAAACUUCACCACUUUCCACCUCUGACGACAACAACAACUGGAAACCACAAUAUGGAAUAUGAUGAUGGAACCAUCGUCUUCUUUGACCUGGAGACCACUGGGCUCAACACUGACUGGUGUCACAUCAUCCAGCUGUCGGCCGUCUGUGAUGGAGAAGUCUUUAACGAAUUCAUCCUCCCACUCUGUCCCAUCGAUGAGGGCGCCACUCGAGAAAACGGCUUCACCGUCCAUAAUGGCUAUCUGUAUCGAAACGGGAAUUAUAUACCAACUACCGGUCUUUAUCGCACUAUCAAGUCCUUCAUCCAGUUCCUCUCCUCCUUCGACGGCCCCGUGUGGCUGGCCGCCCACAACGCGAGGUGGUUUGAUGCACCCAUUCUCGCCAGAGUGCUGCGGCGUUGCCAUCAGUGGUGGAAGUUCCAGGAGGUGGUGUCUGGCUUUGUGGACACCUUGCCGCUAAGCAGGUUCCUCUAUCCUGAACUGAGGAGUCAUAAGCAGCCGUACCUGGUCAAACACUUCCUGGGAGAGACCUACGAUGCCCACGAUGCAAAGGAGGACGCCACGAUGCUGGAGCGACUGUUCAACUAUUGGGAUCCUGACGAAGACGACGUCGAGCAAUUUACCGACCCGACUGAAGAUUACUAAAAAAGAAAAAUCUAAUUCUGUUCAUUCCAUUCCAUUUAAAAACAGUAUUUUAUGUAAAACACACCUUUUCCCAUAAAAAUCAUUAAACUCGGACUCAGAGUCGAUCCGAGACUAGAGUCUGAGUUUUAUUUACGUUUAUCACAUCAUGGUAUUUUCAUUUUGUCAUAUUAGUUACUUUUACGACACACAGUCAGUAGAUCUCUGAGAAAUGCAGAAAAAAACCUCCUUUUCAAGUAUUUAUUUUUACAGCAACCUAUGCCCUUUAACCUCAAAAUGUGUGAAACGUGUAUCUGGAGGAGUGUGCGCGCGUGCGUGUAUCUGUAACUGUAAUCACAUCAAAGGAUCAAAGGCAAUCACAUCAAAGGAUCAAAGGCAAUCAGAGCAAAGAUCAAAGGCAAUCAGAGCAAAGAUCAAAGGCAAUCAGAGCAGAGCAAUCAACAGAAUUAACUGCCAAUGUUCCUGAACAGUGACAGCAGCCAGUGGUGGACAGACUGGAAUUUCUGGCCUCGAACAGAAAGCAUUUUUGGCAAAACCAUAAUACCUAUCAUUGAUCCGACUUCACUUUGAGCGUCCUGAGUUCUUCCUGAACGUCUACAUAUGUUUUUUGUGAAGAAAAAGGAAGAAAUAGCUUUGUAAGAGCGAUCUGAAAAACUGUUAAAUAUGCUUUUUUACAGAAAUCUUCCUGUGUUUUUAAUAUGGGAGUCAAUGAGGCUGUUGGUGCGUGUUGGUGGCGCAUCUGUACGUCCUACGCCCAAACUAUAACUCUGACAGCUUUACCAGAGGAUUGUGAGUGAGAAGACAAAUUUUCCUUCGUUUCUAUGUAUAAAUUAUUUCUGUAGAGUGGAAUUUGCGGCCUGGAGCGCAGUUUUCAAAUUUAUUUUUUGACAAUUUUUUCUCUCCCUCUACACUCUGGCGAUGAUGUCACACACUGUGACACGAACAUUCCGUGCAAUACACACCCAUUAUAAUCUCAGAAUUUCUCCAAAAAUGAUCAUGGUCAUUGAACAGGGAUUGAUAAAAAACUAUAUGACCUAUCAAAACGUGGAUUAAUACACCAAUACACAAAACGUAUCUCUACUGUUUAAAGUGUAAAUGGAGUCUCUAGGUGAAAUUAUGCCGGAGAAGUAGACGUUUAAAAAUCUCCAAUUAUUGUUCUUUUUCGCUAAUUUUUUUCAGCCGUCCCAUUCACUUCAAUGCAAAAUUUUGGGCAGUUUUUCGCAACUUACGUUGCGAAAAAUUUGUAUUCCGUAGAGACAAGUAAUAGCACACCGAUCCCGAUCAAACCGCACAUUUUGAUGUAUAAUUUGUAGCGGGACAAAAUUGUGUCCAGAAGAGGAAGAAGAAAAAAUCCACAGUAUAACAAUAGUGCUCGGGGCUACAGCUAUUGCUGUAGGGGCAAGUGCUCUGUGCGAUUGCCCCGUGGCCGUAAUUAUGAGAUAAAAAGUCAUAAUUAUGAGAUAAAAAGUCAAAAUUAUGAGAUGAAUUGUCUUACUGUCUGGGGCCUAUAAGGUUGUCUCCAUAGCAACCGCUAUGUUAUCGCUUUUUGUCAUUCCAGCGACUGAUUAAGUACUGGGCAAAUGUGGGUCUCAGGCUUACACACUCAAACUUCCACAUAUACAGAUAUGCAUACAUCCCCCCCAACCACCUCCCCAACCCACGCCUUCGACGCUUCGUACCCCCAGCGAGACAAACUGGUCUACGUCCAGUAUUGUAUUGUAUUGUGCUUAUGUUGCCGAGGUUUUUUUCAUAGUUUUUUCCUCCUCUCCUCUCCUCACGUUGUGCUGUAUUUCUUUUCUUCAUCUCUGUCUUCCUGUCCUGUUCACCUCCAUCAUAUUGUAUGUGUGUUUUUGUACGUUUUGGACGGGUUGGUGGCAAAUUUCGUUGUACUAGUACUUGUUACUAUUUGCAAUGACAAUAAAGGCUUCUGAUUCUGAUUCUGAUUGUCCUCCUUCAACCCUUCCCUUUUCUGCUUUCAGAAACUAACUCGUGUCACAUCAUCCAGCUGUCGGCCGUCUGUGGUGGAGAAGUCUUUGACAAAUUCAUCCUCCCGCUCCGUCCCAUCGAUGAGGGCGCCACUCGAGUUAACGGCUUCACCGUCCACAAUGGCCUUCUGUUUC